AUGCGGCCGGCAAGGCAGCACAGCUGGAGCUCAUCCGCAAAGCACUGGACGAGCAGCCGCAAGCCCCCCUGGCCCCGCUGGAGGAGUACGUGUGGGCCGUCGGCGGCGUGGCUGCCUACCCUGCGCGCAUCCGAAUGCUGGGCCUUUGUGCGGGCCUACCAGGACCGCGUCCUGGCGGCCUCGCAGAUGCUCGACGACCUGGCGGCGGUGUCGGAGGCCUUCCUGCGCUCCGCGGCCCUGCUGCCCCUCCUCGGGCUGGUGCUCGCCGCGGGCAACAUCCUGAACGAGGGCACGGAGCUCGGCCAGGCGGGUGGGUUCGAGCUGUGGUCCCUGGGGCUGCUCGAUGCCGUCAGGGACGAUGACGAAGGCGACGACGUCCGGCACCUCCUCUUCGAGGUCUUCUUCCGCUUCUUCGGGGAGCAGGCCGCGCAGCUCUGCGAGGAGCUGCGGCCGUGCCUGUGCAACGUCGCGAGGCGCCGCGUCGAGGGCCCGGACGGCGGGGCCGCCGUGCGGAAGGCCGUGCGGGUGAGCCUGGAGGACUGCGAGCAGCACGUGGCGUCGCUGGAGGAGGAGCUUCCGGCAACAGAUCACCGUAAUGGGUAUUAA